GUCUCUGCUGUGUACGACGUAAGCCAGCCCCCCUUCGUCACCCCGAAUUCCUGCAGCCAUCGCUCCGCUGCGUUGCUCCGUGCGGACCGCGUUUCGUAAUAUUGGAUCGGAUCGUGGUGGAUCGUGUUUCAUUGUGCAUCGAAGGUUGCCAGCCAGCUUUCGAGUGCAGCACAGUGUAAGGUCACUCUCUGUGCGCAAAGUGUGCAAAUAAUACUCGCCAAGUGCUCGCCAUUCCGUUGGUACGUUCCCGUUUGUGUGUGCCCGUGUCCGUUUUGUGCGCUUAUCAACCGUAGAUGCCGCCCGGGGGGCGUUCGGCAGAAGUGUUACAGGUCGAGUUCGAGUCGAAAGCGGCCAGAUGCAACCAAACGAUUGCAUCCGGUAGUUGGUGUUAAUGAGCGGCUGCAGCUGGAGGCCGUUGUCUAAUUUUCUUAAUCAGUAUCAUCUGGUCGGUGGCGCAGUAAACCGUUUUUGAUUAGGACAGGCCAUCACGGCUGUAGGAACGCCAUCAACGAAACGGCCUCGCUGACAAUCACGCCGCGUAUUGGAGUUGACGCAGAGCGACGAUGAGCUACCGUCGCAACUUGGCGGCAUUUGGCGAUACUGACUGUUGACUCGGUGAUCAAGUGAUAAACGUAUAGAGUGCAGAGAGCUAGUGGAAGAAAAAGAGAGUGAAAAAAAGUGAGGAAAGAAGUGAGUUACAGAUCCGGAUUCUCCCCCGGGGAUCACGAUUCCCCACGAGAAGAUCGAGAAACUAAUCCAAGAUGACGUCAUCGUACGAGCGCAUCAAAUCGGAAUGCAAACAGAAGGGUGUCCUGUGGGAAGAUGAGGACUUCCCGGCCACCCAAUCGUCCGUGUUCUACCACCAGACACCACCAUUCACCUUCCAGUGGAAGCGUCCACACGAGAUCGUCUCGAAUCCAGUGUUUGUGAACGACUCCACGGCCCAGUUCGAUAUUGUCCCCGGCAAGAUGGGUGAUCGGUGGUUGGUGUCCUGUUUGGGAGUGCUGUACCUGUCGAAGGGUUUGUUCUAUCGGGUCGUACCAGCGGAUCAGAACUUUGACAAACCGUACUACGGUGUGUUUCGCUUUCGGUUGUGGUGGUGUGGUGAGUGGCUGGAGGUGCUGGUCGACGAUCGAUUGCCUACGAUCAAUGGCAAGCUGGCUUUCCUGCAGGCGCAAAAUUCUAACUCCUUUUGGCCCGGAUUGCUGGAAAAGGCAUAUGCAAAACUCCAUGGAUCGUACGAAGCGCUCAAGUAUGGAACGUUGCUCGACGGAUUGGCCGAUUUGACGGGCGGAAUCACGGAAUCGAUCUCGAUCAAGGUGGACAGCAGCAUACUGAUAAGGCCACCGUUGCUACACAAUCUGCUCGACACGACCAGCAUCAUCACGUGCACGAUCAACAACGGUACCAUGACGCAGAUCCGCAAUCAAACCGAAGCCUUACCGAAUGGAAUCCACAUCGGCAUCAACUAUCGACUCUGCUCGAUGGAUAAGGCGGAAACCAUAAUGGGCGAUACGGUGCAGCUGGUGCGACUGAGGAACCCGCUGGCACAAACGUUGAGCAAAUCGUCCAGCUUCAAUGGCGACUGGUCGUCGUUCUCCAGCUCCUGGGAGCGGGUGACGAUGAACGAACGGAACCGAUUGGUCGAGCAGCUGGACCAGGGCGAAUUCUGGAUGUCGUUCUACGAUAUGACGCAAACCUUUACGCACCUCGAGUGUGUGCAUCUGGAUUCGGACACGGCCCGGGAUGAGCCGCAGCUGGCCGAUAAGAGCCGCCGUUGGUUGAUGCGGUUGUACCAGGGGACGUGGAAGCGCGGAGUGACGGCUGGCGGUUGCCGGAACAAUCCGGACUCGUUCCACAUCAACCCGCAGCUGCAGCUGUUCCUCAGCGAGAAGGAGGACGUCAUCAUCUCCGUCAACCAGCACAGCGUGCUCGAACCGAAAGUGAUUGGAUUCACCGUCUAUAACCUCAACAGUGUGCAAAAUAUCAAUGGAUGCCUUUCGAAAAACUUCUUCAAGAAGCACAAAAGCUUAGUCAACUCGCAGUACACAAACUCCCGGCAGAUCAGCCAUCGGUGUUCGCUCGACCCGGGGCGAUACCUCAUCAUGGCCACUACCUUCGAGCCGGCAGAGGAAGCCUCCUUCAGUGUGCGAGUACUCGGUAGUACCAUUCGGUUAGCGCUACUCGAAACACAAACCAUGCUGCUGCUCGAUCCGUUCCCGCUGCUCAACUCCAACGCGAAAAUCUCGAUCGACUCGGCGAACAACAAUAACAACAAUAAUGGUGUUGCUUGUAGUACGGCUCAGUACGAGCCCGUCUUCAUGCAGCUCGCCGAUGAUCAGAGAACAUUGAAUUGUUUCGAUCUGCAAGAAUUGCUGGAAGCAUGCCUGCCCAACGACUACAUUCGAAGCUGUGCCAGUAUAGACGUUUGUCGGCAGGUGGUCUGUCUGAUGGAUAAAUCCAACCGAGGCCGCAUCAACUUUAACGAUUUCAACAAGUUCAUGAUCAACCUGAAGACGUGGUGGGGUGUGUUCAAGAUGCACACGAAGGAAAAGUCGGGCAUACUGAAGGCGGAACGGUUGCGGGACGCACUGUUCGAUGUUGGCUUCCAGUUGAGCACCGACAACAUCUCCAUUCUGAUCUUAAGGUACAUGCGACGAGAUGGAACCCUCCGACUAGCGGACUUCAUAUCGGCCAUCCUGCACCUCACAAUGGCUUUCGAGCUAUUCAAGGCGAAGGACACGAACCAGGAUGGUAUAAUCAGCAUGGGAAUGACCGAGUGGAUCAAAUCCGUGUUCAUGUGCUGAAAGCGAGCAAUCCACACUCACACGCAAUAACUCGUUGUAUUAGAUAGUUUUAAUGCUUGGACUCACUCAGAAUUUUGCUGGAACUGAUAUCAACCGUAGGAUAGGAAUAGAGACUCCUCUAUUCGUCGCUGAUAUCAAAAUCAACGUUGACACACAGCCAUGACCAUUAGGAUGAAGGAGAGGCACACCAGGAAGUGCCCACGAAUGGGAAGAAGGAGAAGGAUGAACACAAUCUACCAUACACCGUUAAGCGCAAUCUGUUUAAAUACUCGGAUAAACCAUGGAUGGCAGUGAGGGUGGACCAUUGACAUUGUGUAAAAUAGUUUGUUAGGUUUGUCUGUUUACUAUCUAUUAACUAGAAACGUGCUGUCAGCGGUAACGAUGUGUGUAUUCGAUGAAAGUGGGGAAUCGUUUCGAAAAUCGCACAUCGCAUACGACAUUUGUAUUGAAAUUUUGUAAAUAAAGCAUUAUUAACAGAUCGGUUGAAUUGUAUGG